UCAAAUGGCGCUACACCUCUUCUCCUGGUCGCCUUUGCGCACCGUCGGCUCGGCCGUCGGAUCUGUGUCGGCUGCCGCGUGCCGCUGGAACUCGACGGCUGCUCCGACGAACCCGUUUUCUCAACGUGCUCCAUCCCCUCAGUCGUCGAUGCGAGUAUACCACCGUCGUCGAACACCGAGCCGCCAAAAAUUCCUUGAAGACCAGCGGGCGCUGGGCGAAAGCAGGGCCUUGGAGAAGUUUCAAACGCGUGAUUGGAAAGCGGGUGAUAUCUACGCCCCCCAUGAUCUCAGUGCGGCAGAGAUGAGGAAGUGGAAGAAGCGCUACAGCCCUGGGACCGAUGCGUUCGAUGCUUUGAACCUGAAUCCUCUAGAGCAAUACAAGAACUUCUCCAUCAUGUCAGAAUACAUCACCCCCAUGGGACGGAUAAGGCACAGAAAUUCGACUGGCCUGCGACCAGUCAACCAACGCAAGAUGGCCAAGGCCAUCCGACGGGCUAUUGGCAUCGGUAUCAUGCCCAGUGUUCACCGACACCCGGAGAUUCUCGUGGCCGACGCAAAGGCGCGAAUGGAGGGAAAGUCCAUCUGGGCCGCCAGUCCCUCCACCACGAGGGGUCAGCCCACCCAGCUUUCCUCGGAUGCCAAGGGUGAACGCCUUGCCUAUGCGGCGAACAAAUCAAUCUUCCUCCGUUCGAUCGACAACCCCGCCAUCUCCAAACAGUACACCGAGCAUAAGACACAGACGACAGUUGCCCGCUUCUCGCCCUCGGGCUUCUAUGUCGCCAGUGGCGAUGCUAGCGGUCUCGUGAGAGUCUGGGACUGUGUUGGGGAGGGCAUAACCAAGGGAGAAUAUAGCAUUAUAAACGGUCGCAUCAACGACCUUGCUUGGGACGGCGAUUCCCAGCGCAUCAUUGCCGUCGGCGACGGAAAGCAACGGUACGGACAUUGCAUUACCUGGGACAGUGGUAACACCGUUGGGGAGAUAUAUGGCCACACACAGCAGAUCAAUUCGGUCUCGAUCAGGCAGCAAAGGCCGCUGCGGGCCGCUGCCGCGGGUGAUGACAAGAACCUGGUCUUUUACCACGGCGCGCCGUUCAAAUUCAACACCGGAAUCCGUGAUAAACAUACCAACUAUAUCUACGGGGUUGGCUUCAGCCCCGAUGGCUCGACAUUGGUCAGUGUCGGUGCGGACCGCAAAAUUUGGCUGUACGAUGGCAAGACUGGAGAGCCCAAGGGCCAGAUCGGCGAGGGGGAGCACGGCGGCAGUAUUUUUGGUGUUUCCUGGUCCAAGGAUUCCCGCAAAUUCGUGACGGCAAGUGCAGACCGAACGGUCAAGAUCUGGGAUGCAGAAGCAGGCAAGGUCACACAGAGCUGGGCCCUGGGAGAGGAAGGUGCCGCGAAUGUUAGAGACCAGCAGGUUGGAGUGGUCUGGCCUGCGGGCAGAAGCGAUGGCCUGCUUAUCAGUCUUUCGCUGAGCGGCGACCUCAACUACCUGGUCGAGGGCACCCCAACCCCCCGACAGGUGGUCCAGGGACACCAAAAGAACAUCACGUCAUUGACCCAGUCUCGCGGGGGCAACGACACUCAAACACUGUGGACUGGCAGUUUCGAUGGAAGGGUCUGCAGCUGGGAUGUCCAGGCAGGUGCUGCAGAAGACGUGGAAGGCGAUGGUCACACAACAUAUACUGCAGGUCUCGCGCCCACCCAGGAAGGGAACGGCAGAAUAUACAGUGUGGCUUGGGAUGACACCAUUCGAUCCGUAGACAUGGGCGCCAAGACGUAUACUGGAGUCUCGGGCAAGCUGUCGGGACAACCCAAGGGCAUCGCAGCGGCGAACGACACGGUGCUGGUGGGGACAGCGGAGAGCAUUGAGAUCUACCGAGAUGGACAGAAGGCCGGCGGAUACAAGCCGGGAUUCUCGAUCACCACCGUUGCGGCUCAUGCCACCAACAUCGCGGCCGUUGGAGGCGAGGAUUCAUGCGUCCAGGUCUUGAACCUAUCGGGCUCGGAGCUCUCCCCCAAGGCGGACAUCAAGGUCACGCGGAAUGCGGUGUCUGCGUUGGCCUUCUCGCCGGACGGCUCUCUCCUGGCGGCGGGCGACUCUCGGGGUCGGGUGCUGGUCUACAAGGUUGCUGACGGCAGCCUGGUCACUGACCGAUGGACCGCCCACACCUCUCGGAUUACCUCACUUGCGUGGAACGAAGACAACGUGCACCUGGUCAGCGGGUCACUAGACACCAACAUCUUCGUGUGGAGCUUGAACAACCCGGGAGACUGGCUGCAAGUGUCGAAUGCGCACAAGGAAGGGGUCAACGGGGUUGCCUGGAUCGCUGGGGGAUCCAAGGUAGCGUCGGCUGGAGCUGAUGCAGCAGUCAAGUUACGGCAGGCGACGUUUGUUCUACCGCGAACAGGUCAGCGACUAAAAGGCCUCGUGAACUUGCGCAGCCCAAAUUCCGAUCCCCAUCAUGACACCAGUGCGGGAGAUGAGCGACGGCCCCUUCUCACCGGAGAAGUCACACGUGCCCGGAAGGGUUUUGCGUCAAGGCUCUGGUAUAAAGCCCACGACGCUUGGGACGAUGCAUGGCCUUGGGUGCGCCAGUCCGUCUCGUCCGAGCUCGGAAUAGGGGUGCUAAAAUGCAGUCUGGCCUACUUACUGGGCUCCCUUGCAACGUUCGUCCCUGCCAUUGCGUCGUUUCUGGGCCACCAAGAUGGCAAGCAUGUGGUGGCCACCGUGACGGUCUAUUUCCAUCCGGCAAGGUCGCAAGGCAGCAUGUACAAAGCGUUGAUCUGUGCUUUCCUGGCAUUUCUUUACGCCGCCUUCAUCUCCGUAACGAGCAUGUGUGUCUCCAUGUUUUUCCAGGAUACCUUGGACUUGCUCCCAGUGGGUCAUGCCAUAGUGCUCAUUGUGUUCUGUGGUGGCGGCUUAGGAUUCGUGGGAUGGACAAAGCAGAGACUCGGCGACCCCCUCGUUAAUGUUGCCUGCUCGCUAGCCUCACUGGCGACGAUCACAGUCUUGACAAAGGAGGGUGCGGUGCAGAGCGGGGACCUGUCAUUUGCAAAAAUCUCCCAGGUCUUGAAAAUGGUCGUUAUGGGCGUCACUAUCACCAUGGCCGUGUCUUUUCUCAUCUUCCCGAUCUCUGCCCGCAAAAACCUGCGAUCGAAUCUAACCACAGUCACUGAAAGCUUAGCGACUAUGUUAGCUCUGAUCACGGAGAGCUUUCUCAGUGGCUCUGAAGAGGAGCUCCAGACUGCGGAGUUCAUCCGCACAGCAGCACGUCACAAAAAAUCAUACGCCCAGUUGGACAAGCUGGUGAAAGAGGCUAAGCUUGAGCAUUUUGUGGCAGGCACAGAAAAGGAGUACAGGCUCGAGAAGAAGCUUGCGCGCUGGGUACAGGAUAUUACCCAUAACUUGGGAGGCUUGCGUAGUGCUGCUUUGCUGCAAUUUCAGCUGAUCAAACAGACAAACAUCGUCGCGACCGCGCAGCUACAGGCCUCGGGCUUGGAAAUCGGCCCUGGCCCGUUACCGAGUCCCUGGUCAUUCCAAGAAGAUCGCCCGCUCUUGGAGCGAAUCGACGAGCGGCCAGACGAGGAAGAAAGGCUGGAGGCCUUUGGGAGAAACACGCCCGACUCUACCCUGACUAACCUGGCAAAUCGCCCUGAGGUGGCGGCCGACCAUGUUCUUCUCCCAGCCGACAUCUUCGCGCUCUUUAUCAGCCAUCUUGGACCUUCGAUGCGGUCACUCGCAUUUACCCUCAAAGAAACAUUUAGAGACAUCCCUUUCAAACCUGCACCAGAGUUUAAGGUCUCCGUCAACAAUAGGUACCGCACGAGUCUUGACCGAGCGCUCGAGCUCUACCGCGAAUCGCGCGAAGAGGCGCUUCAGACCAUCUAUCGACAACGUGAGGUUAUAGGGGUGCAGAAUUUGGAAGUGGAGGCCGACCUUGAGGAGGUGUCUGCCAGCUGUGGACACUUCAGUUUCUCCCUCCUCGAGUUUGGCGAGCAGCUCAAGGAGCUUCUUACCAUUCUGGAUGAACUGGAACUGGAGAUUGAGGAAAGACCCGGUGGGAGGUCAUGGAAUUGGCUCAAGUUUUGGCGUUGGAGAAGUCUGAAAACAACGCGGGAGUCGGACAUUGAACGGCCCUUGCUUGAGCACACUGCCGUGGUAGAUGGUACCGUACCACCCCAGCGGGAGAUAGUCAGCUCCCCAGGGUCACACGUCAGACCUUCUUUAUCAUCGAACGUUGUCGACGUGGCUCCUCUGAAGCAGCGGCUCGGUUAUCGCAUUUGGAGGUCACUUGGGGUAUUCCGUCGCGACGACACCAAGUUCGCGAUCAAAGUUGGCGCGGGAGCCGCAAUAUAUGCCCUGCCCUCAUUCCUUCAGUCGACUCGACCAUUCUAUUCUCACUGGAGGGGUGAAUGGGGUUUACUGUCCUAUAUGCUGGUCUGUUCCAUGACCAUCGGAGCAUCAAAUACUACUGGUUAUGCUCGGUUUCUCGGUACAUGCCUGGGAGCAGUUUGUGCCAUAUUUUCAUGGUAUGCGAGUGCAGGAAAUGUGUACGGUCUCGCUCUCCUGGGGCUAUUUAUGUCAACCUGGACCUCCUACAUUAUCCUUGGUCGAGGCCAAGGACCUAUGGGCCGUUUCAUCAUGCUCACCUACAAUCUUUCUGUACUCUACGCCUAUUCGCUGACCCAAAGGGAGGGGAAAGACGACCAGGAUGAGGGGGGCGAUAGCCCUAUCAUCACUGAAAUUACCCUUCACCGAGUGGCGGCGGUCUUGUCAGGCUGUCUCUGGGGCAUUAUCAUCACACGAGUGAUCUGGCCGAUCAGCGCGCGAGAAAGGCUGAAAGAUGGUCUGAGCCUGUUAUGGCUCCACAUGAGUUGGAUCUGGAAGCGUGGUCCCUUGUCCACGAUGUCAUUUCCCAAGGAGUCUGCAGGUUUCAUGAGCCCCCGAGAGAAGCUGGAAGUGGAACGAUUCCUGUCGCAUCUAGAGUCUCUCCAAACAUCAGCGCGCUCCGAGUUUGAGCUGAAGAGCGCGUUCCCCGAUUCCAGCUACGGGGAUAUUCUCCGUUGCACCAGGAGCAUGGUGGAUGCUUUCGUUGCCAUCAACUUGGAUCUGGUGAAAAACAUGACGGCAUCUGAAGGAGAACUUUCCAUACUUCGAUACACGGUGAAGGAGCGGCAACAGCUAUCGUCGCGCAUCAGUCACCUAUUAUCUGUCAUGGCAUCCUCGAUGAAGCUGGAGUACCCGUUGAGUGACGUGCUUCCCAGCGUGGAGCAUGCGCGAGAUCGGCUUCUUGCGCGGCUUUUCCACUACCGCAAGGACCCAGACGCGUCCCGCUCAUCGACGGACGAAGAUUAUGCCCUGCUUUACGCAUAUAUCCUGGUGACCGGGCAGUUAUCGUGUGAGAUCGAAGCGAUUAUGGGCGAAAUCGGCCGACUCUUUGGCGUACUGCAUGAGGAUGCUGUGAAGCUGUAUUCUUAG